GUGCGAGAAAGGAGGAAAAUAAAAUAAUAACAUGAAAGAAAUCGCGAUUAUCGCAGGAGGAGGAACUUUACACAAAAAAAGCAAAUUAUAUCAGUUAACACCGUAUAUGAAAAACGAAUAUUUAUGUGUAGGAGGUCGAACAAAUUAUUCCACAGACUUACCUGAUACAGCUAAAAGCCCAUUAAUUUUUGAUAGCCGUCAUUUUGCAGUGAAAUUAUUGAUUCUACAUUAUCAUGUGAUAAUGGGACACCAAGGUGUAGAAGUGAUCCUCAAUGAACUUCGUCAAAGAUUUUGGAUACUACAAGCAAGGAAGGCAAUAAAAAGAGCGAUGAGAUAUUGUCCAAUUUGCAGCCUGAGGAGAGCAAUUCCCAGAGUUACACAAAUGGGACAGUUGCCUGAUUUCAGGUUGAAGAAACCACAACCACAAAGAGCCUUUGUGUACACAGGUAUAGAUUUUUUCGGACAUUUUGAAGUAACUAUUGGUAGGCGAAGGGAAAAAAGGUAUGGUGUACUAUUUACCUGUAUGUCAGUAAGAGCUAUACACAUUGAGAUUGCUGAGACGCUAAACACUGAUUCAACUCUUCUGGCGAUAAAACGUUUCAUGUCGAGGAGAGGAAAACCGCAGAUGUUUCUUACAGACAAUGGAACGAAUUUUCACGCUGCAGAGAAGGAACUUAAAAAAGCUUAUGAAGAUGUGAAUUUGGAAGUAAUAAGACAAGGUUUAUGCGCUGAAAGUAUAGAGUGGAAGUUUAUACCUCCAGGUAGUCCACAUAUGGGAGGAGCAUGGGAGAGGAUGGUUCGAUCUGUGAAAACCACUUUAAAUAUAAUUCUUAAGGAUAGAUCAACACGACAAGAAGUUUUUCACACAGUUAUGAUAGAAGCUGAACACAUAGUGAAUAGCCGCCCUCUCACCUACAUAUCUUCAUCUCCGGAAGACGAAGAAAGCCUUACUCCCAAUCAUUUUCUAAUUGGGACUUCUAGUAUUUUGAAACCACCUGGACUUUUCGAUGGAACAAAAUGGAACGUUAGAAAACAGUGGCUCAUAGCUGAAAAUUUAAACGAACAUUUUUGGAACAGGUGGGUCAAGGAAUACAUACCUACCUUGACAAAACGCACGAAAUGGUUUGAACAGAAUCAAAAUUUGAAAGAAGGUGAUUUAAUAGUUUUGAUGGAUAGUAAGUUGCCAAGAAACAAUUGGCCUAAAGGAGUAGUGUACAAGACGUACCCAGGAAAGGAUGGCAAAGUUAGAGUUGUAGACAUUAAAUUAAAAAGUGGUAUUUAUCGUAGACCAGUAUCCAAGCUAUGUAAGGUAGAGUGUUUAGAGAUGGGUGAAGAAAUAGGUUCUUCACGAGGAGGAGAAAAUGUUGAAGAUUAAAUUUGGUUACAUUAUUUAUUGUUUUGAAUGUUCAAAUCAAGUAAUUUUUGAGUAGUUGACAGUAGAAAUAAAUAUUGAUUGAAACAAGUUGUCAGUCAAAAUUGGGAAUAAAUAAAAAAGAUUUUUAC